UUGCUUGAGCCUAGGAGGUCGAGGCUGCAGUGAGCUGUGAUCAUGCCACUGCACUCCAGCCUGGGCAACAGAGUGAGAUCCUGCCUUGAAGAAAAAAAAACAAGAAAAACCUUUCUGCUAGUGGCAAACUCCUACACUUACUUGAAAGCCCAGCACAAAUGCCCCCUCUUCUGAGAAACCCUCCCUGACUCCUCUGGCACAGCCCUUGCCCCAAUUCUGGCCUGUCCCAGCCUCCCAUCCCUCCUCUGGCCCAAGCCUGACCCCACAGGGUUAGGGGAGUGCAUGGAUUCCCUGCCUGUCCCAGACGGGCGGGUGGCUUCUCCAGAAGUGCCCAGCCCAGAGCCAUCUUUAUCCUGUAAUUCUUUUCACAUUGAUACAUUCACCAACCCCCGCUCUGAUCUUCCUGUGGGUCUGGCCUGUGCUGAGAUCCCAGGGGAAGGGGUGGAUUUAGAGGUCUGGGCUGGGGUCCAAUCCUGGAAGGCCCCUCACAGCUGACCUUUGAAGUUUAGAAAACAGCCUCUAGCGGGGAGAGGGAAGUGGUUGGUGGAAGCAGUGUGGUUGUCUUGGACUGUGGAGAGGCAGGUGGUGCGGGAUUGAGGGACCAGUAGCUGAGGAGGGUCUGUCACUCCCUGUGGGAGCACAUAUCUGGCCCCAGGAGGCACAGUUGAGUGAGGCUACACAGGCCACCCCAGAGCCCCGUCUUGCAGUCUUUCCAUUCUAGCCAGCGCGAGGGUCAGCGUUGCCUGCGAGGAGGGCUUGGUUCCUUGGGCCGACGGGGUCCGGGAUCGGAGUUCUAUUUCACUCAGGAUAGAAUUAAUCCAGGCAAGUUGGGCCGAGUUAGGAACACGUUUAGAAUUAGAGUUAGGGUCACAGUAGGGUCAGGGGUCGGCAGUAAGGUCAAGGGCGCCCAGUGAGGGCGGGGAAAGCCUGGCCAGUCUGAUCCAGCCCCCUGCCUCCGUUCUGCUUCUUCCUUAUCCGCGCCCCCACCCAUGGCGCCCCAGCAUCCUUUCGCGUCUGAGUCCCAGGCCCAUGAACUCCCGGGGCGGGGCCACGCCCGAGUGCCCGCCCAUCGCCGCCUCCAGGGUGACGCCCUCUAUGCAAAUAAGCCCGUCCCGCCCAAUCAGCUCCCGGGGGCAGGGCCGCCCGCUCCCAAGGCACCUGCGGCCGCGGGCUCCUGAUCUUCGUGCAGCCUCCGCAGGUCCGUGCGCCCAGCGUCCCAGGGCCCAGGCCGAGCAGCAAUGCAUGAGAGCUGGAAGUGGAAGAGCUUGCAAGAUCAUCGUCGCUCACUGUAACCUUGAACUCCUGGGCUCAAAGAAUCCUCCCGCCUCAGGCUCCCACAUAGCCAGGACUACAGACAAAGAUCGCUCCACUCAGCCUGGGACAAUGGGGAGGAAAAAAAUCCAGAUCUCCCGCAUCCUGGACCAAAGGAAUCGGCAGGUGACAUUCACCAAGCGGAAGUUCGGGCUGAUGAAGAAGGCCUAUGAACUGAGCGUGCUCUGUGACUGUGAGAUAGCCCUCAUCAUCUUCAACAGUGCCAACCGCCUCUUCCAGUAUGCCAGCACAGACAUGGACCGCGUGCUGCUGAAGUACACGGAGUACAGUGAGCCCCACGAGAGCCGCACCAACACUGACAUCCUCGAGACGCUGAAGCGGAGGGGCAUUGGCCUCGAUGGGCCAGAGCUGGAGCCAGAUGAAGGGCCUGAGGAGCCAGGAGAGAAGUUUCGGAGGCUGGCAGGCGAAGGGGGUGAUCCGGCCUUGCCCCGACCCCGGCUGUAUCCUGCAGCUCCUGCUAUGCCCAGCCCAGACGUGGUAUACGGGGCCUUACCGCCACCAGGCUGUGACCCCAGUGGGCUUGGGGAAGCACUGCCUGCCCAGAGCCGCCCAUCUCCCUUCCGACCAGCAGCCCCCAAAGCCGGGCCCCCAGGCCUGGUGCACCCUCUCUUCUCACCAAGCCACCUCACCAGCAAGACACCACCCCCACUGUACCUGCCGACGGAAGGGCGGAGGUCAGACCUGCCUGGUGGCCUGGCUGGGCCCCGAGGGGGACUAAACACCUCCAGAAGCCUCUACAGUGGCCUGCAGAACCCCUGCUCCACUGCAACCCCCGGACCCCCGCUGGGGAGCUUCCCCUUCCUCCCCGGAGGCCCCCCAGAAUAUGGCCUGGGAGACCCUCCACCGCCCCCUGGCUUGUUGCAGCCCCCCACCCUGGCCCCCUGGCAGCCCUCGAGGGGUGAUGGGCCCCCCGCCGUGCCAUCUCAGCCCAGUGGGGGCCGAAGCCUGGGCGAGGAGGGUCCCCCAACCCGCGGCGCCUCCCCGCCGACCCCCCCAGUCAGCAUCAAGUCCGAGCGCCUCUCUCCGGCCCCCGGGGGCCCCGGCGACUUUCCUAAGACCUUCCCCUACCCCUUGCUCCUCGCCCGGUCCCUGGCAGAGCCUCUGCGGCCCGGGCCCGUCCUGCGCCGGCUGCCCUUGGCCGACGGCUGGCCCCGGUAGGAGACCACCCGGUGGCACCGGCCCAGAGCGCUCGCCAGGUACGGCGAGGGCACGUGGAGACCCCACCUCCCUCCAGGCCUCUUCAGAGAAGACCCAACAGUGACGCCCCCCUCCGCGGUGGGGGCUUGGAGGUGGGCGGCUGGACUCAAUCCACUCUAGGGGGCUCCUUUCCUUCUUCCUAUUUGUGUGUAUACCCACAAAUAAAACGCGCGUGGCGUCCGUG